AUGAUUUUAUUAUCAAAUAUCAUAUUUUGGAUACUUUACGCCGGAGUGUUUCCGUCGUUUGGACAAGUUAUCAGGUAUUUCCCAGAAACUACAAUUCCAUGUGCUUCAGGAGCCAAUUGCCCUGAAGCAUGGCCAUGUUGUUCGCAAUUUGGAAUGUGCGGCUCUGGACCUUUUUGUAUUGGUGGAUGCAAUCCAAGAUUUUCGAAUAAACCUGGGAGUUGUUUAGGACAACCGGCUUUGUUACCCCCAAUUUCCUCCAAUUUUAAAGCUCAAAGUUCAAUGGAAGAAAAACCAGCCCUACACAGUAGUUUCAAUAUAAGAAAGGAGUCUUCCUUCGGUUCAGAGGCUGUUAGCAGUGGUCAAUCGGAUUUGAACAAAAGAGGGUUGAUAUACUAUGCCGACUUCUUGAUAUCUCCAUUACAGCAGAAGAUCAAAAGCAUGUUGAGAGAUUACCAUUUCACAUAUAGCGGUUUCGUGAGUUAUAGCGGUCCUGGUCAGCUAACCCUUGGUAUGCCUCGUCACUCAACUGGUAGUAUAAUAUCUGCUACUAAGUCCUUCCUCUAUGGUAGAAGUACCGUUAAAAUGAAGACCGCCAGAGGUCGUGGAGUUGUGACAGCAAUUGUAUUGUUAUCAGCGGUUGGUGAUGAAAUCGAUUUCGAGUUCAUUGGAGGUGAAUUGUUGCAUACACAAUCGAACUAUUAUCAUCAAGGUGAGUUAAACCACACUAGAAUGGUCAAAUUGCCUGUUGCGUCCGAUAGUUUUGCUAACACGCAUAUUUAUGAAGUAGAUUGGAAUGAAGAAAGAAUACAUUGGAUUAUUGAUGGGGCUAUUGCCAGGACCUUAUACAAAAAGGAAACUUGGAACGAGGAAAAGAAGUUGUUUGAGUAUCCUCAAACUCCAAUGAGAUUACAAGUAUCAGUAUGGCCAGCUGGAAGGGUUGAUGCAGCUCCUGGUACAAUACAAUGGGCAGGGGGAUUAAUAGACUGGGAUAAUUCCCCAGAUAUUUUGCAAACAGGGCAGUUUUAUGCUACCGUUGAAUCCGUUACAAUAACGCCUUUUGAGAACAAAUUUUGGUCACAAAUAGUUACUGACUUACAGAAGUCAAAACAAACCUUGAACUCUGACACUCUAUUAGAUAUCACUUAUGAUUUCAACUAUGACACUGUUGAAACCACAAAAUGGCGUGAAGAAUCGGUAGUGUGGAAAAGAGGUAAGCUUCCAUACCUCAGCGCACCAGAUAAAAAUGGUUUAAACCCUGGAGAGGCAAAAUUUGGCACCAUGGUAGAUAGGCAACUACUAAUCGAACAAGAUGUAAACCCUGAUAACCAAUUUAUUCAGGAUAUAUCAAAGAAGCUGAGUACAACAAAUAAUGACAUGCUACUGCAAGCUCCAUCAUCAAAGAAUGAAAAGCAGAAAGGUAAGAGCAAGAGUAAAAAUAAAAAUAAAAAUAAAAAGAACAAAAAAGAUAGUAAGCCGGCUUCAAGCAAUGGUAGAAGCUUUCACGACUUGAACCCUAUCAGAAGGCUCAUUACUGUAUUCAAACUACUAUCUUUGACGGAAUAG